GUAAAGAAUUAUUUCUACUACUACCUGUUCAGGAUUUCAGCUGCAAUGGGUCAAGAAGUUUUCUAUAUUACAUUCCUUCCAUUCACUUACUGGAGCGUUAACCCAUGUGUUGCUAGAAAGCUAAUUAUUAUGUGGUCGAUGGUCAUGUACAUUGGUCAAGUCUCCAAAGACCUUCUGAAGUGGCCUCGUCCUGGUUCUCCACCCGUGGUCAGGCUAGAGGAAAGGACAACUGCAGAGUAUGGGAUGCCAUCCACACAUGCAAUGGCAGCAAGUGCGAUCUCUUUCACUUUUGUUGCUAUGACGGUGGACCAGUACAAGUACCCACUUGAACUAGGCCUUAUGGGAGCCUUUUUAUUUUCAACCCUGGUAUGCCUGAGCAGAAUUUACACAGGAAUGCACACGGUGCUGGACGUGAUUGUUGGCAGCCUGAUCUCAGUACUAUUAACUGCUCUUGCUUAUCCUACCUGGGACCUCAUUGAUCACCUGAUACUAACCAGCCCUUUGUGUCCUGUAUUCUGCUUUACGGUGCCCCUUUUCUUAUGCUACAACUAUCCUAAAGUAGAUUAUUACAGCCCUACGAGGGCAGAUACCACCACUGUUCUAGGAGCUGGGGCAGGAGCCACUAUAGGAUUCUGGAUGAAUAAUCACUAUGUCUCUGAUGCUUUGACUGAAGCUCCUGCAUACAGUACUGUGUCAGUCACUGGCAAGAUGCUUCUGAUGGUUGCAAAGUUCCUGGUAGGAAUUGGUGUACUGCUUGUCACACGGCAGAUCAUAAAAAACUUGGCUCUUAAAUCACUGUGUUCUUGGUACAAGGUUUCUAUUAAUGAUCUUAAAGCUCUGCAGCAAGUUGAAAUUGAAGUGCCCUAUAAAUUCAUAACCUAUUCUUCCGUUGCCCUGAAUGCUACAGUGCUUGUGCCAUUACUGCAUAAUAUGUUGGGUUUAAGCUAAAUGCUAUGCAUUUUUUCCAAGAAUAGCCCAGAUUAUGGGAUGCACUAGAAAUGUAUGCUAUUGUAAAGACUUGAAUAAAAUAGUAUUGUGCCUUUCUGCACUGCUAAUACUGGAGAUCUGAAAGGAGCUUCUUAGUGGUCUAUUCCCUGCAGCACGAGACAAUUAGAUAUUCAGCAGCUUCCAUCUACCCGCAACUCUAGCAGUUUUGUGAACUUUAGGGAGUUUUCCAAAUCAAGCCAAGCACUGCACUUCCUACAACAGAAGCAUGAUUCUGCAAGAUCCAGUGUAGGUAAAGACGUUUCUACAAGCAUGUAAGAAAUGACAGUUGUAGGAAGAUUAGGAUGCUGUGUGCAAGGCAGUUAUGAGGACACUGCAGUUGAUUUGGCUCUGAAACAGGUUGCCCACCUAGCAAGAAGAGUGGAACCUUGAAUUAAUCUUCUCGAAAACCAGCCUAUGAAAUGCCCCUUUGUGUGUGAGUGGACUUUUAUCUGUUCAGUCAUUGCUGUGAUGCUCUUGGCACUCCAUCCUAACGUAGGACAAUGUUGACAACAUUCUGUGGCAUGGUUUUGUAUUACUUGUCCAAAAGGUGCAAGUAGAGCAGACAUCUUGUUACAGGGUUUUUGUUGGUUGUUGUUAGUCGCGAAGUCGUGUCCGACCCAUCGCAACCCCAUGGACAACAUUCCUCCAGGCCUUCCUGUCCUCUACCAUCCCCAGGAGUCCACUCAAGCUCACACC